CUACGCUACUUUUUGAAACUGUCACGGCCAAUGAUGCAGGGACGAGCCCGCUGGUGACUGAGUCGAGCCGAAGCCUCUCCGCUUUCGUUUCCCAAGCAGGCUCGGGCGCCGUUUGGUAGGAGCCACCGCCAUGGCAACCUCUCCUCAGAAAUCGCCUUCUUCCCCCAAGUCUCCGACCCCCAAGUCGCCCCCUUCCCGGAAGAAAGACGACUCCUUCCUCGGAAAGCUCGGAGGCACCUUAGCCAGGAGGAAAAAAGCUAAAGAAGUAUCUGAACUACAGGAAGAAGGAAUAAAUGCCAUAAAUUUACCACUCAGUCCAAUUCCUUUUGAAUUAGAUCCUGAAGAUACUAUGUUAGAGGAAAAUGAAGUUCGAACAAUGAUUGAUCCCAAUUCAAGAAGUGACCCAAAACUACAGGAGCUAAUGAAGGUAUUAAUAGACUGGAUUAACGAUGUAUUAGUAGGAGAAAGAAUAAUAGUAAAAGAUCUGGCUGAAGACAUGUAUGAUGGACAAGUACUGCAAAAACUCUUUGAGAAGCUUGAGAGCGAGAAACUCAAUGUGGCUGAAGUCACACAGUCUGAAAUAGCUCAGAAACAGAAGCUACAGACAGUCCUUGAAAAGAUCAAUGAAACCCUUAAGCUUCCUCCAAGGAACAUCAAAUGGAACGUGGACUCUGUCCAUGCAAAAAGCCUGGUUGCAAUACUGCAUCUUUUGGUUGCAUUGUCGCAGUAUUUUCGGGCCCCCAUCAGGCUGCCAGAUCAUGUGUCUAUUCAAGUUGUGGUUGUCCAGAAACGAGAAGGAAUCCUCCAGUCCCGACAGAUCCAAGAGGAAAUAACUGGCAAUACUGAGGCAAUGUCAGGACGGCAUGAACGAGAUGCAUUUGACACAUUGUUUGACCAUGCUCCAGAUAAACUCAAUGUUGUGAAAAAGACUCUCAUUACUUUUGUGAAUAAGCACCUCAAUAAGCUGAAUCUGGAAGUUACAGAACUAGAAACCCAGUUUGCAGAUGGUGUAUACCUGGUGCUGCUGAUGGGUCUCCUUGAAGGUUAUUUUGUGCCUCUUCACAGCUUUUUCCUAACUCCUGACAGUUUUGAACAAAAGGUACUCAAUGUCUCAUUUGCAUUUGAGUUAAUGCAAGAUGGAGGGCUGGAAAAACCAAAGCCAAGGCCAGAAGACAUUGUCAACUGUGACUUAAAAUCAACGCUGAGAGUGCUCUACAAUCUGUUCACCAAAUACAGAAACUUGGAAUGAAGAAAAGCACAUCAGGAAGCCAUGAGUGGCAAAAUUGGAACCAAACCAACCAACCAAAAAGCUCUCCUUUCUUUGCAGUCAUUCUCAAUUUACACUACACUUUGUGAAAAGAGAGGGCACUGUUUCUUGGAAUGUUCACUGUUGUUAAAUGUAAAUAUUAGGACAGUUUGAAUUCAGAAAUAUUAGAAAGUGAAAUCUGCUGGAAGGUAAUAGGUUUGAUUGGCAAAAAGCAGGUUGCUAUAUGAAUUAACUCUUGGUUUUAACUGUCUUUUAAUUUCUUAGAGAAUAAGCAGCAGGCACAAAUCCUGAUCCACAACCAAGCUAAGCUAAAUUACUGCCAAACAGAAACAGGAAUCUGCUCCAAUGAGCUAUUUGAAGAAAACGACAUUCACGCUGUUUUUAUAUAUCUGUGGAGGGUCUGUUUCAUUUGCCCAAGCUUCUCUAGUGCUUCUCCCUUUCAUCACAGGGUUCUUCCCUGCUCCACAAAGGACAUAAUUAGAAACCCAGACUCUGACUGCAUUGGCCUUUUUUAUCAGUACUGGAGCUAGAACAGUUCUAGUCUAUACUAUUUUUCCCUAUACUAUUAUGACCAAUAGGAACAAUGCCCCCCUUCUUAGCAGCACCCAAAAACUUUUAGCAUUCAUGCCACAAAUUGCAUGGUCCAUGGAAUGAUAUAAGUUGAAAUUUGUCAGUUUAAUUAAUUUAUGGAUUCUAUUGUAUAUUCUCUCUCUCUCUCUGUGUGUGUGUGUGUGUCUUUUUCUCUCUCUCUCGCCCCUCUACUUCUUGAAUGUUUAUUUGGGGCAAAUGAUUCAUUUUAUUUAUGAUUCGAGGACACGAGGGAAAGGAGGGAGGGGAAAGAAGACACACACACAGAGAGAAAGACCAUGUAUAGUUUGAUGAUGCAAAUAAAACAACUUGUGUCACUAUAAGGGGCCAACUUUUUGUUCCCAUUAUAUACAUUCCAUGUAUUUUUUCAUUCCUAUUAAGUCUGCAUGAAUAUAUGCAACUGGGCACUUAAAAUAACAUACAGUAUAGUAUCUUUGGUGGUGAAAUAGUCUUGUUUAUUUGCAGACUGAGGUACGAAAUAUGUACAUACUUUUAAAGUGUGGAAAAUAUACAGCAAGAAAGUGCUAUAAACGUUGGAAAUAUAACUGGGGUUAGUUCUGCCAGGGUACUGAAAGAAAAUAAAAAUAAGCUUUGUUUACUUAAUGAUAAUGAAAAGGAAAGAAUAUAAUUGAUAAUAGUAAGAUAGAAGGUUUAAAGAAAUACAAAAUAAAU